ACCAAGCCGAAAACUAAGAUUAAAAAUGGAAUGAGAAAGAAGCUAGUAGCAAAACAUCCAAAGAAACAUGAAUUUUGGACGAUAAACCUGCACGAUCAUGGGCUCCGUUGUAUCGGGAAUGUACCAGGGAGUUCAGUACAUGUUAGGAUGUGGUGGAAACUCAGCUCAUGCGCUUAUGAGCCCGGAAAUGGCGGCUAGUGGAGGGACGCCAUUUAUCUGGAAACGAACAGGCUCCAUGUAUUUUGAUGAAGAUGGUGAUCUGGCCCAUGAAUUCUAUGAAGAAGUAAGACCUGAAGUCAAGGGUGAAAAAGCUUGGAUGAGACCCAAAACAACACGACUAUCUCCUCAGGGAAUGGUUGACCACCCCUACCCAAGAUUGAACGUUGAUUUUCCAGUUGUGAUGUGCGAAGCAUGGACUAAGAGAUAAAACUGAAAAAAAACUGAAACUCGGUAUCCAGCUUGUAAAUAACAUUGAGACAUGAUUCAUUGGAAAAGGAGAAGAGCUUGUAUAUCGACCAAGUGUACAGAAAUGCUGAUAUCAAUUAUAUUCAACAGGCAACAAAUGCAUCAUUUUAAUAAAUUCACAUCUCUCAUCAUUGUCAA